AUGACUAUAACAAGUCUCUACUUCCUGUCGUUCAUCCCGGCCCUCAUCAUCAAUGGGGUAGCAGUCUGGGUCUGCAUGCGCCUUCAGUCAACGUCCACCUUCAUGGUGUAUCUGAAGAACCUUCUGGCUGCUGAUCUUCUCAUGACCCUGACCAUCCCUCUCAAAGCAGCCAAUAUCCUGCCCAGCGCUCCUCUGGCUCUGAAGGCCUUUUCCUGUCGCUACUCUGAUGCUAUUUUCUAUCUCUGUAUGUACAUGAGCAUCAUUCUAUUGGGCCUCAUCAGUCUGGACUGCUUCUUCAAGAUCAUCAAGCCCUGUGGCAGGUUGUUGGGUCAGAACCUGGUCUUUGGAAAAGUUAUGUCUGCCUCCAUCUGGGUGGUGCUGUUGGCCACUGAUGUCAUUCCAAUCAUGAUCCUGACCAAUCAGGAUCCCACCAACAAGACUAACGAAGCCUGUAUGGAAAUGAAGAGUGACGCAGGACACGGUUUGCACAAGAGGCGUGGUCAUAUUCAACAGCUCAAUCUUCUGGGUGGUGUGUGUUCUCAUUUGUUUCUGCUACGUAUGCAUAGCAAGGAAGGUUUUUAA